AUGGCAUCUAUUGGUUCACAAGUUCGCAAAGUUAGUACAUCAAUCGAUCCGAUUGUAACCGAUUAUGCAGUCGGUUAUUUCAAUCACUUAUCCAAGAAGACUUUCGAUUCUGUUCAAAGUAAACAGUUGAACUUACCAGAAGAGGUUAGCUUUGUAGGUGACUUAUUGGUAAACGCAGGUGCUGAUAAAAGUCAAAUUGAUGAAUUAGCUGAAAAUAUCCUUCAACAAUUGACUUUACAACUAAAUGAAAAUCAAGCUAAAUUAGAAAUCACAGGUGAUACAUCGAAAAGAUUAUUGGACAUUAAUGUUUUACAAAGUCAUAACAAUAAAGCUAAUAUUAAUGCAUCCCUAGACCGUCUGGGUGUUAAUGGUGAUAUUGAACACACAGGUAGAAAAAUGGAAACAAGAGUUGAUUUGAAAAAAUUGGCGAAAGCUGAACAAAAAAUUGCUAAGAAAGUGGCUAAGAGAAAUAAUAAGUUUGUCAAAUAUGAAGCUUCUAAAUUGAUUGAUGAACAAAAGAAUGAUGAUUAUGAUUCUUUCUUCUUGAAAAUCAACCCUCUCGACUUUGGUGCUGGCGCAGGGAAAUCCAAAGAUAUUAAGAUUGACACUUUUGACUUAUAUGUCGGUGAUGGUCAAAGAAUUCUAUCCGACACUAACUUAUCUUUAAGUUAUGGUCGCAGAUACGGUCUUGUCGGUCAAAACGGUAUUGGUAAAUCAACAUUAUUGAGAGCCCUAUCAAGAAGAGAACUAAAUGUCCCAAAGCAUAUUUCAAUUUUACACGUUGAACAAGAACUAAGAGGUGAUGAAACUUUAGCUCUUCAAAGUGUCUUGGACGCAGAUGUGUGGAGAAAACAAUUAUUGUCUGAAGAAACAAAAAUCAACUCAAGAUUAAAAGAAAUUGAAAACUUAAGAACUGAAUUCGAUGAAGACAGCUUAGAAAUUAAAAAGUUAGAUAAUGAAAGCCAAGAUUUAGAUAACCAUUUAAUGCAAAUUGCUGAAAAAUUGGCUGACAUGGAAUCUGAUAAGGCAGAGGCCAGAGCAGCCUCUAUUUUGUACGGUUUAGGUUUUAGUACCGAAGCCCAACAAAAACCAACAAACUCUUUCUCCGGUGGUUGGAGAAUGAGAUUAUCUUUAGCGAGAGCUCUAUUUUGUCAACCUGAUCUUCUGUUAUUAGAUGAACCUUCUAAUAUGUUGGAUGUUCCAUCUAUUGCGUAUCUUUCAGAAUAUUUAAAGACAUACCCCGCAACUCUUUUAGUCGUUUCCCAUGACCGUGCAUUUUUAAAUGAAGUUGCAACCGACAUCAUAUAUCAACAUAACGAAAGAUUGGAUUACUACAGGGGUCAAGAUUUCGAUACAUUCUAUAAAACAAAAGAGGAACGUAGAAAGAAUGCUCAAAAGGAAUAUGAAAAUCAAAUGGCUUACAGAAAGCAUCUACAAGAAUUCAUCGAUAAGUAUAGAUACAAUGCAGCUAAAUCACAAGAAGCACAAUCAAGAAUUAAAAAACUUGAAAAAUUACCAGUAUUGGAACCGCCUGAAGAAGACAAAAGCGUCACAUUUCAUUUCCCAGAAUGUGAAAAACUGUCUCCACCAAUUAUUCAAUUACAAGAUGUUUCCUUCGGUUAUGAUGAAAAAAAUUUGUUGUUAAAGGAUGUUAAUUUGGAUGUCCAAAUGGAUUCUAGAAUCGCAUUGGUAGGUGCAAAUGGUUGUGGUAAAACAACAUUAUUGAAGGUGAUGAUGGAGCAAUUGAGACCUCUACAAGGUUAUGUCUCUAGAAACGGUAGACUACGUAUAGGCUAUUUUACCCAACAUCAUGUUGAUUCUAUGGACCUGACAACGUCAGCUGUAGACUGGAUGUCAAAAACUUUCCCAGGUAAAAAUGAUGAAGAAUACAGACGUCAUUUGGGUGCUUUUGGUAUCACUGGUAGUUUGGGUUUACAAAAAAUGCAAUUACUAUCUGGUGGUCAGAAGUCUCGUGUAGCUUUUGCCGCUUUAUGUUUGAAUAAUCCUCAUAUUUUAAUUUUGGAUGAACCUUCCAAUCAUUUAGACACUACUGGUCUUGAUGCCUUGAUCGAUGCGUUGAAAAACUUUUCAGGUGGUGUUCUGAUGGUUUCUCACGAUAUUUCUGUCAUUAAUAGUGUCUGUAAUGAAAUUUGGGUUUCUGAAGAAGGUACAGUUAAAAAAUUCGGUGGUUCUAUUUACGAUUACAGAGAUCAUAUCAUAUCGCUGGCUAACGAUGCUGGUGUUGUCAAGAAGCAUUAA